GCGCCAAGCACACCUGUACUGUGAUACGCCGCUGUGUUUACAAAACGUUUUUAACGAGUUAUUUUUAUGAAAAAAACACGCCGCGCCGAUUUUAAACUCGAACGUUACAAUGCGCAGGAGUGGAUUUGCUGAAAUGAUGGUUUAGUGUUUGUGUUCUGUGUUUUUGGAUUUGUGCCUGUUUCCAGAUUUGAGGUGUAACCCGGCGCAUGGCAGCAGAGCGAAAAAAACAUGUCCGGGAUGACGGGAGCGAGUAUGUUGCGCACGCGCCGCAAAGAUGUCAACGUCAAGCCCAAUCGCAAGUUGGACCGCAAGUCCUCGCGGGGCAUGCUCUACGAGAACGAGGAGCUGCGUCUGCGCACGAUCAACAUUAACGCUGAAGUUGAGAGAGGACAAUCAGACAUCAAGAAGUUGAAGCGAGAGAACGAGCAGCUCAAGAGAGAAAUAUCGGCGCUCAGAUACGAGUACGACCGCCUGGACAGCAUGUUGAGGGAGCGCAGGUCUUCGCCUGAACACUCGGACGACAGCGCGUCUGUGUGCAGCGCGUGCCCCGAGUGCGCGAGCGCAGACGGCUCAACGCGUGUUGCGUUUCAUGACCUCAGCGUGGUGCCGGAGGAGGCUGAGCUGGAAGGGAAUAAGGUAAAUAAGAGUGGCAUCGAGUCCCCGUGCACUUGUGAUGAGUGUCAAGAAGCUGAGGACAAUAGCCCAUCCAAGCAGAUAGCCAUCGAGCGCCAAAUGAGCGCUAACAAUGCGCACGCGCCUCCAAAAAAGGCGGACAAACACGAAAGGACCGUAGACGUACUCGUCCACGAUGCCCCCACCGAUAUCCCUAGAUUCUUCGAAUCGGUCACGUCACCACCCUACCACGUUGCCUCUCCACCACCACCCGGUUUCGUCGUCGCCCCAUACCAACCGCCACGCUUCCACACUGGAGGCAACGUCGAAGAUUUAUUAGGAGAGGUCCAAUCAACGCCAACGAUACAGACAACAUUUAUCCAACAAAAUUCCGUGUUCAUGUGCAACACAAAACGAGUUAUGCAAAGGCAAUGCUGCUGCCAAAAGCCAGAACCUGUUCCAACGCCGCCACAGCCAAAUGGAGAUGCGAUACCACCGCCCAAAUCGUACGUCACAGAAAAGAACAUAGAAUUGACGUACGACUAUCCUAAAUCUACCCCAGUAGCAGGCAGUCCCAGUCCGAAAUCAGGAGAAGAAUUAACGACUACAACAGAAGUGGCCAGCACUGUGGUCUUCGUUGAAAGAAGAAUCCCAGUGAAACCAAGAAAGUUUGAUUUCUUCUUCAGAUCACGUUCCGCUCCAGUAGGGGACAAUGAGGAACCAAUAUACGCUACAGUGAACAAACUGCCGAAGCGGUUACGGAGAAUGGAAUUAGCAAAUUUGGAGAAAGAAGUAGCCUACAGAAACGGGGAGCCCGAUUCUUCGACCAGAACUGAAAUGACAUUAAAAACUGAUUCCGAAUCACAAAUUCCGCCACCAGAUGAUGACACCAGUCGGUCUGAAAGGGAGAAGUCGACUGUGCCUCAACGACCAGAAACUCCAAAAGCGAAGAAACGGAAAAGGUUCUCGCUGACGUUUAAAAAGAGAGAGAGGAAAAGAAGGGAGAAGAAGAAAGAGGGUAAGAAUGGGGCAGCGAAGAACGGUGUAGUGGCAAAUGUAGAAAGUGAGAAUGAGAGGUUGAUAGAGGAGCAAGAGAAGCCUAAGCACUGCACGCGGCAUCGGCCGCGGAACACUCUAUCGUCGUCUAGCUCGGGCCCGCGGUACAAGCGGGACAGCUAUCAGGAGAUGACGACCUCCCACUCAGAGCAUGAGCACACCAACAGCAUGUGUUCGUCAGUGAACUCGCUGGCGUCUGCGUGCACGCACAAGUCUCGAAAACUUUCGGCGCCGCCCAAUGAUGGGUCGAUACCUUGGUGCGGCUGUUGGGGCGCUGGAUGUGUCUGACUCCAGUUAACAGAAAUUCUAAACACUUCUGAUUGAAACAGAGCAAUGGGUCUCAAAUGCGACAUUUGUUAGGUGUUGAUACUUGGAGAGAUACAUUAUGUCGGUGACUGCUUGCGAUAGUCGUAGGUGACGGUCAGCGACUGUCGGCGAUAGUCUCCGACUCGCGCCUUUCGCUGUCAUGACAAGGACAUGUUGACACUCUGACUUAAGUUAAUGAUUGCCCGGCUUCAAAGGUCGCGAUGCAUCGGUGACCAUUAGUUUGUCGUUCCAGCUGUUGCUAUGUAGUGAUCACAAGCAGUCUUCGUUAAUGCUCAAAUGGAACGAAUUCAACAUUUUCGCCUCCAACUGGAGUAGUUGUUUCUUCAAUCCUCCGUUUUCGGAUCCAUCCCUCACACAUAAAAUAUCUUUAAUUAAGACCGUGAGAUUUCCAGCUUCUCAAUCCUUUGACAAUGCUCAAAUAGGAUUUCGAUUCUUCAGAAUCACCAUUCAGGUGGACAAGGUACUUUUGUGAAAUGUGAAUGAAGCCCCCAUUUAUUUCUCUUCAAAAAAGCUUCAGUAAUACUUGUGAUUUGAGAGCUCAACAUUUCGUCAAUGCUCAAACGGGCUUCGACCUUCGUUUCAUAAUAAAAUCUGUUAAUGUAACAGUAUGCAAGAAAAAUGCACGAGCAUGUGCAUUAAAAAAUAAUAUCUAAAAUUAUCUUGAUUUAACUGCCACUUACAAAAAACGCACUCUCGUUACAAAAUUCAAUUUCUAGUCUUGAAAAAUUCAAAUUUUUAUUGCUUUCUGUGAUCUGAUUUUGUUUUAAGAUAUUGAGAAUAAAUAUAAUAAAUUAAGUAAUAAUAUUAAAUAGCAACAAGUUUUGUUAUACAUUAAUGUUAUCAAAGUGCAAAAUAUGAAAAUAGGCGAUAAGAAAUAUUAUAAUAAUUACAUUGUUUAAAAAUGCAAUAAUUAUUUUAGAAUAGUGACAUAGUGACCCUAUGAUAUACUCAUUUAGCAUUUCUUUGGCCCAGAAGUAUACAGUACAAACAACAAUAUUUUUGCUGCUUUUUUAUAGCAAAGGCCAACUUUAAUUUUUUAUCGUAAAACUGAAGUUUAUUUUGGCAGAAAUGCAGAACAGUUUUAGUGUGUGAGAGAGACAGUCAUGUCUUACAAACAUUAUACUCGUACAGCAUUAUCUCUUUCACACAGUAAAGAGUUGUUAAGUGUACAUAAUUAUGUAUAUUAAGUUAAUCUGUGAUUCCGUAUGCACUGUAGUGAAAUGUUUAUGUCUGUUGAAUGGAAAAUAAACGUUAUUCUAUUUGUAA